AUGACGGUGAUCGAUGUGACUGCGGUGGACGAUGCCGAUGGUUGGCGCGGCGGUCGGUGGCGGGAGCAGAUCAAGCUGGCGUUCGACAAGUACGACAAGACCGAGGAGGGGGUGAUCAAGCCCGAGGACGUGCCAGUCGUCCUGCGCUCACUCGGGUACAAUCCGUCUGAGAAGGAUGUCAAGGAGAUCUUGGCGUCGCUGCGGCUGACCGAGGAGAACAUGGUGGUCUUUGUCGAGUUUCUCAACGCCGCGGCGCCCAAGAUGGUCGCGCCGGACGCCGAGGAGCUCAUUCUCGAGGCAUGGCGCCUGUUUGACGCCCAGGGCAACGGUUUCAUCACCUCAGCCCAGCUCUUCCACAUCAUGACCAACCUGGGCGAGAAGCUGACUCAGGCCGAGGUCGACGAGCUCAUCCGCGAGGCUGAUCCGGGUGCUACCGGCGCCAUCGACUACGAGGCCUUUUCCAAGAUCAUGCUCGAGACACAAGGCAACGGCCACAUCUUUAUCGAUCGGACGGCGGUGCAGUCGGCGUUCUACAAGUGGCAUUCGUCACGGGCAUGGCGGUACUUUAUCUUUGCCAUCAUUGUGGCGCACAUGUCACUGGCUCGGUGGGAGCCAACUUCGCACCGGGCGCCACUCGGUGAGCACGGCAAGACGUACGCGGCAUUGGAGAUCCUCGCCUGUACCUUUUACCUCAUUGACAUCGGGCUCAAGUUCCCGUCCAUGGGCGGCCUCCAGUACUUCAAGUCGCUGCACACUGGCUCGUAUCUUUUCACGGCGAUCACCAUUCUCAUCGAUGCGUUCAUCACGUACGGAGCCGGCACCAACGUCCGCUUCUCGCGGCCAUUCCGGGCCGCGUUGCUGGUGGCCUCGUCUGCCCAGCUGCGUGACAUUGUGGGCACGAUGCUCAAGGCCAUUCCCAAGCUCGCCGAGAUCUCGGUGGCAUACCUUGCAUUGGUGCUCACGUACGGCAUUAUGGGCAUGAACCUGUACCACUCGUACUACACCUCGGACGGGCUCGGCGACUUUAACUCGUUCUCGGCGUCGUGCCUCGCCAUGUUUGUGCUCUCGACCUCGGAGAACUACCCGGACAUCAUGCGGCCGGCGUACGACCGCAACAACGUCAACGUCAUCUUCUUUGUUUCGUACAUCAUUUUCUCCAUGUUUCUGCUGAUGAAUGUGGUGGUAGCGAUUGUGCUCGAGGGCUACAAGGCUAUCCGCGAGAAAAAGGUCUCGCGCGACUUUAUCGAGGAGACCAAGGCCCUCGACGUCGCCUUUGCGCUCCUCGACGUCAACAACAACGGGCUCGUCACCUUUGACGAGUGGCGCGACUUUCUCGACGCUGUGGCUCCGGGAAAGUACGACCAGGAGCAGGCGCUCAUUCUCUUCCACCACCUCGACCAGCACCACUCGGGCCAGGGUAUUUCGCGGAGCGACUGGGACGGCCUCGUUGAUGCGCUGCUGCUGCGGUUCUCGCGGCGGCGCGAGGCCGAGUCGCUCGUGCCAGCGUGCGUGACGCAUGCGUUCUCGGGCGCGUCCACCAAGCUGCGGAAGUGGCGCGACCAGACCAAGUCGCGGUACGUCAAGGCUGUGGUGUUUAUGGUGGUAGCGGCCAACAUUACCGUGCUCGGCCUUGUCGGCUCGCUCGACGAUCCGUCGUCGAUCUCGGCCAUGUAUGCCUUCAACCUCGCUUUCCUUGUCUUCUACGGCCUCGAGCACGGCGUCCAGAUGCUUGUUCUCGGCUUUGCCAAGUUCUGGGAGUCGCGGUGGAACCGAGUCGACCUGAUCAUCUUCCUCUCGCAGGUGAGCACCACCAUCGCUCUUUUUACCAUUGCCCCGCGCAAGGCCUUUGGCUUCCCCAACAGCGAGCGCAACGUGCGUGUGCUACAGGGCCUGUUUGCGCUCCGCGCCCUGCGGCUUGUCUCGCUCUUUGAGCGGCUGCGGAAGGUUGUGUCGGCGAUGAUGGAGGUGCUGCCUACCAUGGGCGCAGUUUUCUUCCUCAUCCUCACCGUCUUUUACGUCUUCUCUAUCAUCGGACUCGAGUUGUUUGCCGGCUCAGGCACGGGCCAGUUUCCCAACUUUGUCGAGUCGCAGCUCACCCUGUUCCAGCUCCUCACCGGCUCCAACUGGCACGAGGUCAUGUACGAGGAGAUCAAGGCGACGUCGUCGUACACGGCGUGGUAUUUUGUCGCCUUUAUCGUCCUUGUCGUCGUCGUCUUCCUCAACGUCCUCGUCGCCAUCGUCGUCGACGUCUUCGUCCAGCAAAUGGACCUCCUCGAGGGCUCUGCGUCGGGCGCGUUCCUCAAUGUCAUGGAGACCGUCGACGGCCGGUGGCGGGUGUGGAAGUCGAACACUCGCUGGGAGCGCGAGCUCUUCCAACAGGCCCGGCAGGUCACCACCCAAAACCACAUCGAGCUGAGGGACGACGCCGACCUCUUUGAGCUUGGCAUCCUCGGCCGCGACCGCGCCUUUGCGCCGUCGUCAGCUUCGCUCAACCAGGCCUCGCGCGCAGACCUAACGCUACUCACAGUCUCACCGCAGUCGGCAUCCCGCUUGCCGCCGCGCGCUCCAGGAAGCUCGGCCUACUCGAUGGACUCGGACAACACGCUCUCGUCGCUGCCGUCGCACAUGGCACCCGAGCCCGAAAAGGUCGACGUUACCGCCAUCGCCAACCAGCUCGGCGUCGAGCUCGAGUCGUGCACUGCUGGCUACUCGGGCGCCUCGAGCUCGGGCUCGGACUCGGGCUCGGACUCGGACUCGAACUCGGACUCGGGUCUGGGCUCGGACUCUGGCUCGACCGCAGGUGCGCCCGCGCCCGCGCCCGCGGCUCCAAAAUCUGGAGCGGUCUCAGACUAUGGACCCAUUCCUGACGUUAUCCUCGUCUCGACGCCAGGCUCAGGGGAGGGCGCGUCGACCGGCUCCACAAGCGGGACGAUGGUCAACUCGGCGGUGCCAGAGGAUUGCGAGCCGCUCCCGCGGUCUAUGUCGCACGCCGACUCGUCGUCAGACGAGGUCGUGAUCGACGAGGGCAAGUGA